AUGAAGAAGCGGUCCAUUUACGACCCCACAACUCAGAUCUACUCUUCCCCGAGACCACCACUGCAACUUCCGGCCGAUCAAAAUACGUCCCUCACCGACUUCCUCUUUCGCUCUGCCGCCUCACAUCCCGAUUCCGUCGCCCUCAUCGAUGCGGAAUCCGGCGAGACCAUGACUUUUCACCAGCUCAGAUUCCACGUCAGCAGGAUGGCCCACAACCUGCAAACCAAGCUGGGGGUCUCCAAAAACAACGUCGUUUUAAUCGUCGCUCCCAACUCCAUCCACUUCACCGUCUGCUUCCUCGCAAUCGUCUCCAUCGGCGCCAUCGCCACAACUUGCAAUCCUCUUUACACCGUCGGUGAGAUGUCCAAUCAGAUCAGCGACUGCAAUCCCAAGCUCAUCAUCACAGUCCCUCAACUGGUCGACAAGAUCUCCGAUUUCAAUCUGCCCCUGAUUUUGCUGAAUAAUGGUACUAGUGAUUCGUCCUCAAAAUCGGACAAGAACGACGUCUUUUGCCGGUACUCGGACCUAAUCGGUGAGUAUUCUGAGGCGGCCGCGGCCGCUGGAGCAGAGGAAUUCGAAUUCCCAGCGGAUGUAAAACAGAGCGACACGGCGGCGCUGUUCUACUCGUCAGGGACGAGCGGGAAGAGCAAGGGAGUGGUUCUGAGUCACGGCAACUUCAUGGCGACGUCGAGGAUGGUGACUACAGAUCAGGACGAGCUGGAGGAGCCGAAAGGAGUGUCACUCUGUUUCUUGCCGAUGUACCACAUCUUCGGAUUCGCGGUGUCGACUUACGCGCAGCUGCGGCGGGGGAACGCCGUGGUGGCAAUGGAGAGGUUCGAGUUGGAGAAGAUGCUGAGGAGCAUUGAGAGAUACAAGGUCACACAGAUGUUCGUGGUGCCGCCGGUGAUGGCUGGCCUGGCCAAGGCGUGGCCUGCCAUUUCGCAGAGUUUUGAUUUGUCGUCCCUCACCUUGAUUUUCUCCGGGGCGUCACCGAUCGGGAAGGAUCUUAUGGUGGAUUGUGCUAAGAAUUUGCCCCACGUUAAUAUUCUCCAGGGAUAUGGCAUGACCGAAGCUUGUGGAGUUAUAUCGGGAGAGGAUGCCAGGGAAGGAAAUCGUCAUUCUGGUAGCUCCGGAAUUCUCUGUCCUGGGGUUGAGGCUAUGAUUAUAGAUAUUGAGACAUUUAAUCCGCUUCAACCUAAUCAAAUCGGGGAAAUAUUUUUUCGAGGACCUAAUGUAAUGCAAGGCUAUUUCAAUAAUGAUGAAGCUACUAAGCAAACAAUAGAUGAUGAAGGAUGGGUGCACACGGGAGACAUUGGAUACUUUGAUGAACAAGGGCAACUAUUUGUGGUGGACCGACUCAAAGAGUUGAUUAAAUGCGGUGGAUUUCAGGUUGCACCGGCAGAACUUGAAGGCCUGCUACUUUCCCACUCAGAGAUAGUUGACGCUGUUGUUCUUCCGUACCCAGAUGUUAAAGCCGGUGAGGUCCCUAUUGCAUAUGUUGUGCUUAGCGACCCAAAGAGCUUGCUUAGUGAAGCAAACGUGCAAGAUUUCAUUGCAGCACAGGUUGCAUCAUAUAAGAAGCUGAGGAGAGUGAAAUUUGUGGACCAGCUUCCAAAGUCUCCAACCGGGAAGACACUGAGAAGGGAACUGAUUGCACAGCUGCGAUCCGAGGCGGAAGAAGCAUGCAUGCAAACGCAUGUAGAACCCAAAUCAAGUUAA